AUGGCGUUGCAAGAUCUCCCGUCCAGAAUUUUCGCCGCCGGCGAAGAACCCACCGGCGAGAGAGUGAAUUCCUAUCAUAAAGCGAAGACCAUUAGUAACAUUCUUGACGCUCUCGAUGAGGACGAAAGAAAUUAUCUACGAAGUUCGCCGUUUGGGAAGCUAAUCGCCACUGCGGAGAAACCGUCGUUGUCCGGGAGUUUCGGGCAUUUCAUCAUUACCAGGCUACUCAAAGUUAACAAGAAGCACGAGGUAUGGAUUCUGUUUGUUGGCCGCCCAAUUAGGGUUUCUCUGCGCGAGUUUGCAAUUGUCACCGGACUGCCCUGCGGAAGGUAUCCGAAGAAGCUGAAGAAGAAAAAACGAAAUCCGGUGAAAGAGAAACCCUAUUGGCCUGAUUUGUUUGGCAAUCUCAAAGUAUGCAGUGUUGAUUUGGCAACGAAGAUGCUGAAGAAGAGAACCGUCGUCGACCGGACAACUCGUUUGAAGUACGCAUGCCUCGCUAUUACCGGCGCCGUCCUCUGUCCUACCAACCACCGUUCUAAAAUCGUUUACGACCAUGUCGAGUUAAUCAGAGAUCUGGAAGAGUUCUUCUCAUAUCCAUGGGGAAGACUUGGAUUCGAGAUGCUAAUUGCUAGCAUAAAAGCCAAAGACGAGUUAAUACUGGUGGAAGCCAUACCGGCGCUGACGGAGGUUGUCCAAGUCAAUGAAUCUUCCGAUUCAUCGGGAUCCGAAGGUGGUGAAGAUGAAGAAGGUGACACUGACGAUGCCGUUCAAUCAGGAGGAGGUGGUGAGGGCUUGGUAGAACAGGACACAACGAUGGAACCAGAUCGGAUUACACCCAAGACAACUUCCAGAUCGGAGGUUCCCAAACUUGGACUCAGUCCAGGUCAUGCGAGGGAGGUAGACGAAGAAUGCAAAGCUGAUGUCUUCAGUAUUAUUCCAGACGACCCCAAUAUACCCAUGGAGAAUGUGGAUUUUGAUUGGUCUGAUGACGAGGACGAUCCCAAAAUAAAUUAUGUGGUGCAGCUUAUAGGUGAAGGUUUUCAAUUCAGAAAGGAAAUGUUCAAGGGUGGGAUGACUCAAGCCGAACUUAUGAAGUUGAGAUCAGAGAGGAAGGAGAUUCGAGAGAAGAAAGAGAAAGAGAAACUAAUGGAGGCAUCCGGGGUGCCUGCAGCAGACAAAGGCAUCUCUGGUAGUACCAGCCAGGAUGGCUCUUGCAAUCUGGUUAAGGAACAACUCGCACAUAUUCAGCAGUCGUUGUCUGAAGCGUUAUUGAAAAUUGGUGCUCUUGACCAAGUUUUUUCUGGGUUUGAAGAAAAAUUGAAGGCUAGCCUUGAUCUUAACUUAAAAGAGAUGCAGAAAGAGCUGAUUUCAAACAUUGUUGGGUUUUUGGAUAAGUCGCUUUCAGUUAGCGGGAAACAAUCUGCCGGGAAGCAGAAGUCAGACAACGGACAAGGAGGUAUCCAUGUCAACGCAAACGUAGGCUCACGCGAUUUUAGUGCGACCAUCCCCCAGUUAAACGUGGACCAGAACCCAAAUGUUGUGAUUGCUGAUGCUAUCGGGAUGGUGAAUGCACUUGCUGGAGCGGGAGAUGACCAACAGGACGAGUUUCUCGCCACCGCCGAAGCCAAUUCAAUGGAGCGUGCUGCAAUGGAGAAAAAAGGAUCGAACGCGUCGGGCUCAGAAGUUGGUGACAGCAACGACGUUCCGCCGAGUAAUCCGGGUGGGGAGACGGGUGACAAUUGCGGUUUAGUCGAUGGUGGCAAUGAUUUUGUUGAUGAUUUCAACGUGGCUCCCCGAAGAGGGAAGAGAGCUAGGAUCCAGAACACGGCAUAUACAGAUUACCAUGUUGACACUAGGCUGCUGGCAUCAUCCAUUGGCUCCAACCCAUUUUUAUGUCCUCCCGAAGAGCAGAGGAUUUAUUUCGAGAAGUUUGCACGGUUGCUUACCACAGUCAAGCCUCAACGAGUUAUCAGCCUUGGGGAUGGAUCAUGCGUCACUGGUAGGGAUGUUAUUGAAAUCGGAGAGAGGACAAAACCGAUGUUGGCCAAGAUGAUGGAUGCUCUUUUACUCUAUGCCCGUGCAGUAUACAACAGACUCUAUCCCGAGCCAAGUCAUAACAAGACGGAGUUUCUGGAGACAAAAUUCGUUUAUCAUCUCAUGAAAUGCUGGGGGAAGUUCUCCAAGCUUGCACCCAAAGACAGACAGCGGUUUUCAUUCGGCGAUGCUGUUAUGGAAUAUCUGGAACCAGAAACACCUGAACAACCACCUCCUGAAAGAUUGUAUCUGCCUUUAAAUGUGGACAAGGAGCAUUGGAUAGCCAUUUAUGUUGACGUUAUGGGUGGGGUGAUGUGGAGUAUUGACUGCAACACCUCAAUUCGGACAGAGGCGGCCACUAAAAAAGAGCUUACACCUCUAGCACAAAUGUUGCCGUGGGUCUUGAAAAAGUUAACGGGUUACAAACAUCCAAUAGAAUAUAAGGUGUUGUCGAUCCAAAGAGCCAAAGGGAUCCCACAGAACCCUAUUCGUACUGAUGCUGGAGUAUCUGUUGCUCUUUUGGCGAUGAUGCAUUGUAUUGGGGGUGUGGAGAGAUGCAAGCUGAUGACCCCAGAAGAAGUGGUCAAUGCGAGCCAGGUAUUGGCUGUGAAAUUCUUCGAGGAAUUUGCAGGACAACUGUGA